AUAAUAGAAAUUGUUUUACAGAGGAAAUUAUUCAUUUGAAAUUAAAAUAUUCAACUACGUCAUUAAAAAUAACUAAAAUGCGAAUUAUUGCUGUCAACCAUAUUAUGCAUUAGCGUUUUUUAUAUAUAUCUGUAGGAAAAGUACCUCCUGGUUUCUCUUCAAAAUGACGACAGCUGCUAGACCGACUUUUGAUCCCGCAAGGGGUGGCACAGGACGAGGAGAAAAAGAUCUUAGCGCUAUAUCACGUCAGUAUUCUAGUAGGGAUCUUCCAGGUCAUACCAAACUUAAAUACAGGGAGCAAGGUCAAGGGACCACAGAAGAAUUGCGUGCACGUGAUUUUCGCAAGGAACUUGACGAGAGAGAAAAAGAAAUUAAGGGGCCUAGUUCUAGGAAACAAGUAGAACCACCUGUUAAGAGACUUAAAGUAGACCAAGUCCCAGCUGCAAGUCUUGAUGCUGACGAUCCACUUGAAGGAGAUUCGUCUGAUUCCGAUGACUCAGAUGAUGAUACAGCUGCGCUUUUGGCCGAACUUAACAAAAUUAAAAAGGAGCGUGCCAUUGAGCAAGCCAAAAAGGAAGCUGAGAAGAAACAAGAGGAAGAAAGGAUAAGAAUGGAAAAUAUUUUAUCUGGAAAUCCUUUGUUAAAUUAUUCCUCAGCAGCACAAAAAAACGACUUAAAGGUUAAGAGGAGGUGGGAUGAUGAUGUCGUAUUUAAAAACUGUGCUAGAACGGAACCAGACAAAAAAGGGAAUACAUUUAUUAAUGAUUCCUUAAGGUCAGAAUUCCAUAAGAAAUUUAUGGAAAAAUAUGUGAAAUAGUUGUUUCCUAAAUGCGUGGUAAGAAUAAUUAUAAUUAGAAUAAUUUUUAGGUGAUAAAUACCAGAGACAUUUUCUUAUACAUUUUAUAUAAAAAAAUUAUAAAGUGUGUACCUUUUUAUGUCGAACGGAAUGUUUAAAAACAAAAUUAUGUAUGCACGAUUUCAAUGUAAGUUGUAAAAGUAAAGAAAUGUUAGUUUUAUUUGUUAUGACUUAGAUUGUUACUCAUGGGUAUAUCCAUUAGUAAAGGAUAUUUCUGUUUUAAACCCACAUGAACCGCAUUAGUAUAUCGAGAAGGAAUACAAAAACUCAGAUAUGUUUUGAUUCUAUAUUUGUGUUGAAAACAUUAUGAUGGAUAUGAAAAAUGUAAAAUAUAUUGUAAGUGCACUUUUAAUUAUACUUCAUUGUAACAAAGUUAUUUGAAUUACUUUGAUUUUGUAUUAAAUGUCUUAUAAUAAUUAAAUAUAUGUAAGGUCAAUAAA